UCUAUUACAUGGUCUUUUUUGGUUUGUUUCAUCUAUUUGACAGAAAUCGUUGCUUAAGUAUCACAUUUACCACAAACCCAACCAGCAACUGGAGAAUUAUACCUUAGUGGAACAACACCCAGUCAGACUCCCUCAGAUCCAAGUGUUGUCAUAUUAACUGGUGAAACAUCAACACCAGCUCUACCUGCUGGGGAGAACAAAGAUUUACAAGCAGCAAACAGAGACCUUGAGGCACAGAACAAAAAACUCAGGUCAAAAGUUAUAAAAUUAGAGUCCAAGAUGGAAGACCUAGAUUCUCAGUACAACCAAGAAAUAAAGCUGAAAUCUGCUAAAAUGGUAGACCUAGAGAAUAGGCUUAAGGUGUCUGAUCAGCAAAGAAAAGACGAGGCAGAGGCAUUCACCAUACUCCAUGCACAAGACACAAAAGACCUUGAACGCCAAAUAAAUGAGCUAAAAGCUGAAUUAUCAGAUACCUCUAAAAAGUUGCAUGGGGCCAUUGUUGACAAUAAAACGCUAUACCACAAAGUGCGCUCAUUGACAGAAAAGCUCCAAACAGACAAUCAUCCAAUCAGCUGCAGCAUUCCGCAAAGCAUCCAACCUGAGCCAGCCCAUUCAUUGCCAAGUACACCUCGUCCCACUAGAGGCCCCGCUGGAUCUAGCAGACCCCCGACAAGACCCUUUAGUAGACCCCCUGCGGCUCACAAAGGUGCCAGCACAUCUAAAUCCUCCAAGCCAAUCCCACCUCACAAGAAAGGCACAAGCAAAACAGUGCAUAUAAUGUACUCAAGCAAUGGUAAAGGUCUAGCAGGAGUCAUGAUGAGUAAGGAUAAGGCUAUUUCUGCAACCUCAUCAGUUUAUAGUGGUGGAAAAAUAGAGACGGGCACGCACAGUUUAGAGAAAGGUGAUAUCAAGGAGUCCACUGAUUUCAAGUUCAUAGGACUAGGGACCAAUAAUAUCCCAACUGAUCAUCCACAAGAUAUGGUAUACGAACUCAAGAAUUUAAUGCAAACUGCGAAGAAUAAACAUCCCAGAUCAAAAUUAGUCUUGUGUGGUAUUCAUCACCGUGGUGACAGUCAUGACAGUAGAACGAGGGACAUUUGGAAUUCAAAGAUUGGAAACUUAUUAAUGCAUUGCCAGGAAAUGUAA